AUGAGUGUUUCCACUGCCAAGAGGUCGCUGGAUCUCGCUUCUCCUGGAUCAUUAGCGGAGUUCGAUGAUUCAGCGGCUCAUCACGAUGAGAUAGAGAACGAGCACAGACAUGACAGUACACGCGAUGACGAUGAUAACGAGCAGCCAAAGAAAAAGGGAACCAAGAUUAGCAAGAAGCAGGAUUUAGAUCCGGAAACCAAACAGAAGAGGACCGCUCAAAAUAGGGCUGCUCAGAGAGCCUUCAGAGAACGUAAGGAGAGGAAGAUGAUGGAAUUGGAGAAGAAAGUGCAGGGUUUGGAGAAUAUUCAGCAACAAAAUGAAGUGGAGGCUACUUUUUUGAGGGAUCAGUUGGUCACGCUUGUAAAUGAGUUGAAAAAAUAUAGGCCAGAAACUAGGAAUGACUCAAAAGUGCUUGAGUAUUUGGCAAGCCGAGAUCCUAAUUUACCCACUUCAAACAAUAGCACUAACAGCAGCAGUAAUAGGCCAAUCAUCACUCCUAGUGAAGAAAUACAGGAGAAUGUGAGACAAAAGAUGAAUUUCACGUUUCAGUAUGCGCUUGAUAAUGAUAGCAAAAACUUGGAAAAGCAAUUGCCUUCGCCAAAUGACCCAAGCCAUUCGGCCCCCAUACCUACAACGCAGGCACAAAAGAAAUCAAGCGACGCUACAGAUUCUUCCACUGCCACCUUGGAUUCCCUGUCAAAUAGUCACGAUGUUCUUAAUAACACCCCGAACUCCUCUUCCUCCAUGGAUUGGCUAGAUAACGUGAUAUAUACAAACAGAUUUGUUGCAGGUGGUGACGGCAGCAAACUUGAAGUUAAAAAUGUCGAUAGUAACAUGUUUUCCAAUAACUUUAACUUUGAAAAUCAGUUUGAUGAGCAGGUUUCAGAGUUUUGUUCGAAAAUGAACCAGGUUUGCGGAACAAGACAAUGCCCCAUUCCCAAAAAACCCGUCUCUACUUUAGAUCAAGAGGUCUUCGCGUCAUCUUCUAUACUAAGCGCAAACUCUCCUGCUUUAACAAACACCUGGGAAUCUCAUUCCAAUAUUACGGCCAACACUCCUGCCAAUAUCACUACUAAUGACACUUCAUUGUCAGGUUUUGGUCAACUGGGAUUUGAGCUCACCACAAGUCGUCAUGCUGCGGAGGAAAAUAGCACUGGUAACACUGACAACGAUAACAACAGCGGGGAUAGUAGUAACAAUAAAAAUAAUAAUAAUAAUAAUAACAAUAACAAUAAUAGUAAUAAUAAUAAAAAUAAUAAUAAUAAUGGUGAUGAUGGUGGUGUAAUUCCAUUCAUAUCUGACUCGCCAUUCGAUAUGAAUCAAGUUACUAACUUUUUCAGUCCUGGGUCAACCAACAACAUUAACAUCGCUGCUAGUAGCGCUAAUCCAAGUCUUUCGCAAAAUACCAAGGAUGAUGUACCUUUUAUCAAUGCAGGUCUGGCUUUCCCAGAUGAAAACCCAACUAAUAUUCAACUACAACCUUUCUCUGAAUCUCAAUCUCAAAAUAAAUUCGAUUAUGACAUGUUUUUUAGGGAUUCAUCCAGAGCAGGUAAUAGCCUUUUUGAAGAAUUCUUAGAAGAAGAAGAAGAUGAUGAUGAUGAUGAUAAUAAUAAUGAGAAAGCUACGAAUGCAUCCGAUGAUGAGUCAAGUCUAAUCAGAAAUCAGCUAAUUAACGAAGAACCACAGCCGCUAAAUCAAAACUCUCUAUCAUCACUAAAUAAUGAAAAGGAAACUUCACCAAAAACAAACAGCGGUGGAACGCAGAAUGCCAACGAUAGCGAUGGUAAUGAUAAUGACAAUGAUGUUGUUCCAUCCAAGGAAGGCUCUUUACUAAGGUGUUCGGAGAUUUGGGAUAGAAUAACAACACAUCCAAAAUACUCAGAUAUUGAUGUCGACGGAUUAUGUUCUGAACUCAUGGCAAAAGCAAAGUGCUCUGAAAGGGGGGUUGUUAUCAAUGCGGAGGAUGUUCAAUUAGCCUUGAAUAAGCAUAUGAAUUAA